AUGACGCAUACCAAGAUUCCAAGCGCCGUCGUGGCGGCUCUUGCCUUCGUCGUAGCAUCGCGAAAUGCAGCGGCCAGCACGAAUGGUGAAAAUCGCGUUUCAGUCAUUUACGUCGAGAACGAGGGCCCCUACGAAAUCAAAUGCAAAGCGGACGAAAACAUAGAAGUCGUUGACGCAUUCGGCAUUUGCAUGGAGGACUUUUUAUCUAACAAACUUGAUGCGAAAACGCUGAACCUUAGGUUGUCACUUUCUAACGCGUUCACCAGGUACUGCACCGCCUUAUUUAGGGCAAACCAACCGUGCAUCUUGAACAUAAACAAGAAGAAGCCUGGACCGGAUCGAUUCAACACCACUUUCGGUUUGGAAUGCCAACAUGGUAACGUUUUCGUAGGCCUCUACAGCUGCUGCGCCAAGGCUUCGACCUCCAUAGCGCAAGGCGAAGAGGUGGUUCUGUACAAGGAAAAAUCCACUCCCCUCACUCCGUUGUGCCCCUCAGGUACCAAGAUUUCUGUGCUCAACGCGGGGCAGCGCGGCACUGUCAUGUGCGACAAGGGACACAUCACUUCCACGCUGACCAGGGCUUCCGAUAAGUGCAACGGCAAAGAGUUGUGCUCCAUUCCCUUCGACGAGUCGCAGCUGUCAUCGUGCACGGGAUCCUCCGCCUCUCACUUCGUCAAGUACAUCUGCGAAUGA